AUGGCCCUUCAAUGGAUUCAGGCAAAUAUAAAACAAUUUGGUGGUGAUCCUUCUCGAGUCACACUGAUGGGCGAGUCAGCUGGUGGUGCUGCAUGCAGUUUAUUAGCGCUCAGCCCUAGAACUGAAGGGCUAGCACAACAGGCGAUUAUUAUGAGUGGAUCAGUCACCGCCGGAUGGGCCAUUCAUCGACAUGGGACUCCUGGUUGGAGUUUGGAGAACCUCGUGAGCUAUUUGAGAUGCGAGAGAUUGAUCAGUGGCGCUGAAUAUGCUUCAGAAGUGGUGGGCGAUGAGUACAAAGCCGAGGACUUGGCACAGAAAAAGUGCAAUUAUCAGAACGAGCUCGUGCCUUGCCUGAUGGUGAGCAGUAUCCGUUAUAGAGAACAAAUGGCAGCCAUUAUGAGUCUCAUAAUC